AUAAGGGAAAAAGUGCUUUCGGACAUUAUGAGUUUUAUGAUACAGCCGAAACUGUAUUAAAUGCAAAUGAUGGACUUCAGAAUGUUUCUGAACAAAUUUUAAAAGCGUUAUGUUAUGUAUAUAUAAAGAGUUUGGGAGAUCAACCUGUUAACCAUAUCUGUAACUUUUUAUUUUAUUGGUUAGGUGAUAUUUUAUUAAAAAAUUUAGAUAACAAACUGUCAUAUUAUCGAGUUAUUCAUGAACUUCUUGCCAUCUUAAAAAAUCAUAAUAAUGAUCAAAUUUGUAAAUUUACAUAUACUUAUAUGGAUGAAGAUAUUUUUAAAAAGAUUAAAUUAAUCUUUGGUUAUACAGAAGAUUACGUAAAUUACGUGUUAGAUUUGGCCAAUCCUAAUAGUGUUUGUAAUGAACAAUAUAACUUGUACCUUACAACAUAUGUCGAAACAUAUAAAGAGUCAUACGCAAAAUGUAUAGUACAAAAUGAAACGGAUAAGUAUUGUGAAGCAUUUAAAAAAUAUUAUAAUUAUGAGAAACACAGUAAAUUACAUAAUUGGUCAUGUACAUUAAAAAAUCGCCUGAAUCUCCUCG